AUGACAAAUAAUAAAAAGAGUCAACAGGAGAUCGAGCGGCUCCUUCGCCGUACACAGGAGGAAAUUAACAGCUACGAUAGUGUUUACACGAAGUUCAACAACAGUACGUCACCCCAGAGGGAGAAACUAGAGGCCGAACUCAGAAGGGAGGCUAGGAAGCUUCAACGCAGCUAUGACUUAAUAAAGGCCACUUGCCCACCUUCGGACUCCAAGGACUCGAAAGGGAGCGUUGAGCCGUGGAUGCAAAAACUUCACGAGAGGAUCGAAACGUUUAAGAUGUGUGAGCAGGCGAUGAAAACGAAGGGAUCUGGGAAAGAUGGGUUAGGCACUGGUGCCUUGAGCGAGGCGCAGCAGGAAGGAGUAAAGGAUGUGGAGGCAUGGCUCAAGAACACAACAGAUAGUUUGCGGAAGCAAGUGCAGCUCUCCGAGUCGGAUGCGGAACGCAGUGGGCGUGGAAACCACGGACGUAAUAAGAAUUCUGUGUCUGCAACCACUUCGACCCGUACGCAAAAACUUAAAUUUCACGUAGCACGCCUUGAGUUGCUCCUCAAAGGUAUCGCAAACGGAGAUGUAAACCCCGAAAGUGUUUACGGAAUCAAAGAGCGUGUAGAGGCAAUCAAACGUGGUGAUACCAACGGCAGCGACGAUGAUGACAACAAUGAAGAUGAAGACCUGUACGCCCAAUUUGGUUUCGACGAGCAGUUAGUUUCAGAGAGGCGACGGGGUGGUAGCACGGUUGGGGAGGAUGAGGAUGCGGCUUCUCCUAAUUCCCGCAACCCAAAUAACAAACUGAGUCCGGUGAGAAUGGGAGGGACAAAAUCCAAUACACCUUCUUCCAGUGCGAAGAUGAGCGGUCCCACUUCCUCUGAUGCCAGGAAAGGCCCCGGUUCCGCAACGGCAAACAGAAUGGAUGGGGCGAAGCGGUUGGGUUCCGGAAGCCCGAGCCCACACAAGGGAAACACCUCAAUAACAUCGACGGUAGGUGGCAGGGACGGGUUGCACGACAACUGGGACGAAAACGCAGAUUUUCCGGAAGACGACAUGGACAAAAUGAACGACGACACCUUCGGCGACGAUGCGAUGGCCAUGGUUGGGACCGGUUCUUUAGCAGAUAUGGCGAGGGCAACGAGCACCGGUUCACGGCUGGGUGAUUGGGAGAAGGGCCGACCUGCAAGUCUCGUGUCGCCACCUUCCACUACAAGUAAGAAGUCAAACCUUGAGCAACCUGCGGCAGCGGCUCCAUCUCAGGCAUCCGGGAUGGCUUCCAUGUCUCCCAGCAGUGCCAACACCGCCGCUACUGGAGAAACGAGGCAACUCAGCGCUGCACCCGCUUCCCAUGUUUCCCCCGCACCGGUUUCAACAGCACACGAUGAUUUUUUGGACAGGAACACCAUGCUGCAGCUUAUUGACAUGUCCUUAGCAAACUUGCCACAUACGCAGGACGUUGACCGGCAACGUCCAUUUGAGCCCUCCAAUCCAACAGUGCACGUUCCUUUUUUUCCACAGCAGGUUCUCCCAGCGUUAGCUUCUCCGGAGAUUUACCGGACAUUUGAGCUUGAGACCCUUUUCUUUAUCUUUUACUAUCACCAGAACACGUAUCAGCAGUAUUGUGCCGCGGGACAAAUUAAGGAGCGUUCCUUCCGUUACCACACUCAACUCAACACUUGGUUUAAGCGAAAUGGUCCCCCAAAAGAAUCUCUGGAGGGGAGCGAGCGCGGGUCGUUUCAGUUCUUCAACUUUGAGGAAGGCUGGAAUUUGGAAGAAAAAGAAGACUUCGUUUUUGAUUACAAAUACCUCGAGAAUGAGCUGCGUUGA